GAGAGAGAGGGAGGGUGAGAGAGAGAAAGAGAGAGAGGGAGGGAGAGAGGGAGAGAUUACGUUUAACCAUUAACUGAAAACAAGCGAUUGUUAAGCAGUAAAACAGAUUCAGUCUCUCCACCACUCAACAACGGUCAGCCAUCUGUGUCUGCUGCUCCACACUUUGGUCUCUCCGUCCAUCCGUCCAUCUCCAUCUCUCCAUCCACAUGUUCGUCCGUCUGACUGUUAUUUCUGAUGGAAAUCAUUAUUAGAUAUUAAUAAUAAUAGAUAUUUUUUAUAAUUUAUAUUAUUAAUAAUAAUAAUAGAUAUUAUUAAUAAUAACUGACCACCUGUGGAUGGACUGUCUCAUCGGAGGAGGAGAAGCUGAGAAGAAGAACGCUACACUAACAUUUGUUAAAGUUAAAGUUUUAAAACAAAAAUAUCAAAACAAAAUAAGAAAUCAGACUGAAGAGAAGAUGGGCUUUGCUGACCUGCUGCAGGAGGUGGGGGGGUUCGGCAGGUACCAGUGGCUUCACGUGACUCUGAUCAGUUUACCAGGUCUGUUGAUGGCAAGUCAGAACUUGCUCAACAACUUUGUCUCAGGAAUCCCCGCCCACCACUGCCGCCUGCCGGCCAAUCACAGCCUCUACAGCCUGCCGGCCAAUCACAGCCUCUACAACUUGUCUCUCCACCAGGUGGAUGAGAAGCAGCUGCUGAAAGCAUUCAUCCCUCUCGACUCUUCAGGAACUAGACUGGACCGCUGCAGGAGGUUUGUGGAGCCCCAGUGGCGGCUGCUAGAUGCUAACAGCUCCGCUAACGUUAGCGCACUGCAGACCGAGGGAUGUUUGGACGGGUGGACGUUCGACACCUCCGAGUUCCUCGCCACCACCGUCUCCGAGUGGGAGCUGGUGUGUUCUCUGCGUCCUCUGAAGCAGAUGAUCCAGACCAUCUACAUGGGCGGCGUGUUGUCCGGCGCCGUCAUCUACGGCGGCCUCUCAGACAGGUUUGGGAGGCGGUCUAUCCUGAUCUGGUCCUACCUGCAGCUGGGGAUUCUGGGUUGUAGCUCCGCCCUCUCCCCAUCCUACACGGUCUACUGCGUCUUCAGGUUCCUGAGUGGGAUGGCGGUGUCUGGCAUCAUCCUGAAUGCAGUCUCUCUAAAGGUGGAGUGGAUCCCGACCAGAGAGAGGACGCUAGUGGGCACGCUCACCUCCUUCUUCUUCACCUUUGGUCAGGGGAUCCUGGCGGGGCUUGCCUAUUGGCUGAGAGACUGGAGGAAGCUGCAGGUGGUCGUCUGUGCCCCCCAGUUCCUGUUCUUUGCCUACAGCUGGUGGUUCUCUGAGUCUGCCCGCUGGUUGGUCCUGAACCGCCGGUCUGAUGAGGCGUUGAAGAGUCUUCACCGAGUUGCUCGAAUCAACGGAAAACCAGAGAUGGUCAACAAGCUAACCCUGGAGGUCCUGACCUCCCACAUGAGGAAGGAGAUUGAGUCGAGUCGGUCUUCGUUGACGGCGUUCGACCUGCUGAGGACGCGAGGGAUGAGACGCAUCUCGGUGUGCCUUGUCUUCGUCUGGUUCUCCACCAGUUUUGCUUACUACGGUUUGGCGAUGGACCUGCAGAAGUUUGGGGUUAGUAUCUACCUGAUGCAGAUCAUCUUUGGAGCCGUCGAUAUUCCCGCCAAAUUGUUGGCUCUGGGCAUGCUCAGUUACCUGGGGAGGAGGGUUUCCCAGGCAACCUGUCUCCUCCUGUCGGCAGUUAUCAUCUUUGCCAACAUCUUUGUUCCGGCAGACCUGCAGACAGUCAGGACGGUGUUGGCGUGUCUCGGUAAAGGUUUUACCUCGGCAUCUUUCACCACCGUGUACCUCUACACCGGCGAGCUGUACCCCACAGUCAUCAGGCAGACCGGGAUGGGCUUUGUGUCCACCAUGUCGAGAGCCGGCAGCAUGGCAGCGCCCGCCGUCCUCAUCCUGGACGAGGUACUCCCUGCUCUGCCCAGCGUGGUGUACGGCGGCGCGGCGGUGAUAGCCGCCGGCUUUGCCUGCUUCCUGCCGGAGACGCUGAACAUGCCCCUACCCGACACCAUCGAGGACGUGGAGCACAAAUGGUCUGGAAGAAGCCCCGCCCCCCCACCAGAAGAGAGCGUGGUUCUAAAAGAGCUAAAGGAAGCCGAAGGAAUUGGACUCAACGUCCUCUGACCAAUCAGACACCUGGACUCUCCCUCGACCAAUCAGAUGCCUGGACUCUCCCUCGACCAAUCAGACGCCUGGACCGUCCCUCAACCAAUCAGACGCCUGGACUCUCCCUCGACCAAUCAGACGCCUGGACUGACUCUUGACCAAUCAAAUGCCUGGACUCUCCCUCGACCAAUCAGACACCUGGACCGUCCCUCGACCAAUCAAAAAUGUGCCAAUUUAGAACAUUUACCAUAUUUUAAAUGAGUUUCAGUGAUUAGAUUCAGAUGAUUGAUGAUAGAUUUAUUGAUAAUAGAUUUAUUGAUAAUAGAUUUAUUGAUUAGAGAUUUAUUGUUGAUAGAUUUAUUGAAUAGAGAUUCAUUGAUUUAUUGAUGAUAGAUUUAUUGAUGAUAGAUUUAUUGAUGAUAGAUUUAAUGAUUAGAGAUUUAAUCUUGAUAUAUUUAUUGAUGAGAGAUUUAUUGAUUAUAGAUUAAUUGAUUAGGUGAGAGUGAUAAUGUGUAAUCAAAGCGUGUUCAGCUGUAGAAGGAAACUUCAGUUUUAUUCAGUCGGCGUCCAAUAAAAGUUCUGCUGAUUCAGAUGAUUAUUCCGUCUGACAACAUUAUGGGAUGGAUCCCUACAGACAGAGAGACAACAUUAUGGGAUGGAUCCCUACAGAGAGACAACAUUAUGGGAUGGAUCCCUACAGACAGAGAGACAACAUUAUGGGAUGGAUCCCUACAGAGAGACAACAUUAUGGGAUGGAUCCCUACAGAGAGACAACAUUAUGGGAUGGAUCCCUACAGAGAGACAACAUUAUGGGAUGGAUCCUUACAGAGAGACAA